GUCUCCCGAAAACCUAGAAUCGUUCUUUCUCUUUUCUUGUCAUCUUCUCCAUGGCCGGCUCUAGCAAGAAAUCCGCCACCAAAAGUGAAGCAACUCCUGCUGUUAUUAAGGCCACGAAGUCUUUGAAGAAAGGUAAGAGGGAGACGAAAGAUGAUUCGGAGACCAAAGUAAAUCUGAAGAAGCCGAAGAAAGACGUGAUUGCUUCUUUCGAGAAGAAGAAAAAAUCUGAGACAAAGGCUAUCAUGAAAGGAAUCGCUGAUAGUCUUCAGCGGCUCGAAGCAAAGGUGGAUUUGUUGGCAACAAAGGCGGAAAUAGAGGCGAUUUUGAUCUCAGCGAAGGGUAAGAAAAUUCCUGCCAUGAAGCCUCCUACUAAGGCUGCUUAUGACAGCGAGGACUCAUACAUGGACACUUCUUCGGAGGAUGAAGCAUAUUCUGAUGAGGAACCUGCAAAGAAACCAGCUGCUAAAGGUUCUUCAUCCUCUCUUGGUGGCAAUUUGGUAAGGCUGAACCGAUACGCAGUGGAAGUACUUGGCCUUUUCCCGGCCGUUGUGGCAAUCAAGGCCGUUGUAGGUACUGUUGAGGCUUUGAUGGCGCAGAAAGAGACUGCUCGUACCUAAGUUUUACUCCCUCAAGUAAAAAGACUACAUAGAAGAAGAGGAAGCUCUGUGGUUUCUUUCUCGUUAAGUUUAUUUUCUAGUUAAGUUUUUGAAUGUUAAUGUAAACUCAAUUUUCAGUUCUUUGGGUUUCAAAGAAGAUUAAAUAAAUUCUUCUGUUCUAG